GACGGUAAAUGUCACCGAAUGCCAAAAGAAAUUAACCUAUCUCAAAUUAGUAUUGGCAGAGAGAUCACUACAAUUCAAAGGUUAGUUCACGAAUUAGGGAGGAACUUCUAUAUCAUGGAUUCAUGGUAGAAAAAGAAACGAUUUAACUUUGGUUUAACAAAAAUUUCCGUUCAAGUCAAAAACCUGUUCAGAUAAACUAUAAACGGAUCAUUGUUUCCGCCCGUAGCCAAACGAGACAUUAGUCUGCCUCCUGCAUUAUCUUCUUUCUCCAGUCAACCUUUCUUCCUUACAAUGUCCUUCCCCCUCACGUCGUCGUUUCGUUCGCUUCCCUCCCAUUUUGCAGCUUCCUUCCUUGUCAAUUCCAAUUCAGCUAAGCUCCAAUCUCCCAUCUUAAUGUCACUCCCUCAAAACCCUUCUUCAUUUCCCCGCCAUAUUAGCCGUAGCUUCACCAGAGCUCCAGCCAACAGCUCCGCCGUCUUCCGCUCAAACCUCAGAGUUCGCGCUUCAAGCAAAACGCCGAACCAGGCGACCGACGCUAAGCUAAUCGCAAUUAGCUCCGCCGUGACCAUAACAUUCGCCGUUGCUAAUCGCGUUCUUUACAAGCUCGCACUUGUUCCGAUGAAGGAGUACCCAUUCUUUUUAGCUCAAUUCACCACCUUCGGGUACGUGGCGAUUUAUUUUUCGAUACUGUUUCUACGUUACCGGGCGGGGAUUGUGGCUAAUGAAAUGUUAAGUUUGCCUAAAUCUCGAUUUGCUGCCAUUGGUAUGCUAGAAGCUCUUGGAGUUGCUAGUGGAAUGGCUUCUGCAGCGAUGCUUCCAGGACCAGCCAUUCCGAUAUUGAAUCAGACUUUUUUAGUGUGGCAGCUCCUAUUUUCAGCCGUUCUACUGGGGAGGAGGUAUUCAUUUAACCAAAUUGCUGGCUGCUUGCUUGUAGCAGUAGGAGUAAUAGUGGCUGUUACAAGCGGUUCUGAAACUAGCCAGGUGCUAUCUGGAAUUAAGCUUAUGUGGCCAGGAGUAAUGAUAGCAUCAGCAGCUUUUCAAGCUGGUGCAUCUAUUAUUAAGGAAUUUGUUUUUAUUGAUGCUGCAAAGCGCCUCCAUGGGAAGUCACUUGAUAUAUUUGUUGUCAAUUCUUUUGGAUCUGGAUUUCAGGCUCUCUUUGUGCUUCUUUUGCUGCCUUUGCUGUCAAAUUUGAAAGGGAUACCAUUCUUGGAACUUCCUUCUUAUCUAAAAAGUGGUGCUGCAUGCUUUCUAAAUCUAGGAGGUGAAACGUCAGGUUGUGAAGGAGCUCCAUUACUUCCACUACUUUACAUAGCUACCAAUAUGGCUUUCAACAUAUCAGUGCUCAAUCUGUUGAAAGUAUCCUCCGCCAUUGUUGCAUCGCUCACUGUCACAUUGUCAGUGCCCCUUUCGAUUUACAUUCUCUCUCUUCCAUUGCCGUAUCUUCCUAAUGGUGCAAGCUUAAGUCCCUUUUUCCUGUUUGGUACCUUAAUUCUCAUGUCCGGUCUUGUUCUCUAUAACAUUGCACAACCUUCGAAGGCUGGCUCAAAAUGAGAUUAACAUUACAAAAUUCAGUUGAACAGAGAUUCUUCAAACAAACCGAUUCAAUUGUAAAUACGACGAUUUAGUAUGUGCUUAAGGCAGCAUUCUUUUAUUACUAUGGGGACAGUCUUUUACAUUAAUUGUGAAUCGAAUGGCCUUGAUUGCCUGCGCCUUUGCAUUUAA